UAGACAAGUUUUUAUAUACUAUAUGCAGGGUCGAUUACGUGUGUAGACAUCUUGCAAGGGGUGCAAGGGGGAAAAUAUGUACAACCGUCCUUGAAUGCUUCGUGUUUUAUGCGGCGUGUUUUUUUUUUAUUUUUUUUUUCUAUUUUUUUACCUGCUGGUAUUUAUGAUUCUCGACCAAUCGUCAAGCUUUGAUUUACCCUAUUCAACAUUUUUUUUUUUUGGCUGGUUUUGGAGCAGACAGAUUCGUACACCAGAAGAUAAAUUAUUAUAAAAUAUUAUUAGUUGAUUAAAGUGAUAUAAAUUCAAGAUUAAAGCUUGCAAUUUUUUGAAAUGCACAUGCACAUUUAUUAUCGAAAAUUUUGAGGUUAUAUUUGUUGGAAAGUUGAAAAAAAAUCAACACAAUUUCUUGUUUUGAAAGUAGAAUUUGUUUACAAAUUGUUAAAGAGAAUAAGUGACAGUAUAUUUACAAUAACAACAAUGGGAAAAAUCAUUAACGCAGAUAAAACAUCAGAUAAUCCACAAAAAAUAUCAAAGACAAGUGUGGCAAAUGCUAUACUGAUGGUACGAAGAGCAAUAAGAAAAAAAGACCAAGAAAAUAAAUCAAAACAAAAAAAAAUAAAUAAAAAUACAAAAAAUGAAGAACAUAAUUGUUUAAUAAAUUUAGAUAAUUCAAGAAAAUCAUCAAAUAGUGAUAAAAUUAAACUAACUGGUUAUAAUGUUAAAAUGAUAAUACAACAAAUGAGAUUAGCAAUAUUGAAACAUGAUUGGAAAACAGUACAAAUAUUAUUUUUAUAUAUAGAAAAAAAUAAAUCUAUGUUUUAUGCUUUUGAGCCAAUAUUAUGGAGAACAGUAUUUUUAAUAUUUUUAAAUAGUCCAAUGAGUAAUUGUUCAUAUUUUGAAGAAUUUUUAAGAAAAUCAAAAAUUAUUGAUAAUAUUUACAAUAAUCCAAAUAAUAUACUUAAACAAAUUAUGACAUUAGAAACAUAUUAA